UUGGUUUUUCCUGAAGCUGUCAUUUCUCUUCCGGGCCACUCGCGUGGCACAUGUUUGUCGCCUACAAAGAGGAGAGGAGCGCGCCCGGACUGCAGAUGGGUCUUCGGGGAACUUUGCGCUCUCCGGAGCCUCCUCCAACUUGCUCCCGCUACUCGCAGUGCGCACAGGUGGAACGUGUUCCCUGUACCCCCGGGAGGCGCCGGUCUCUUAGAAAAUCGUAACCUCGCCCCUUCCUUCGGCUGGAGACUCAGAUGCCGAGUCGUUGGUGUAAAGCAGCCCAACAGCUGCGAUGGUGGAAGGAGAUAAAACUUCAAGACUUCCAGGCUUGCUCCUGCUAGGAAUCCAGUUUUUCAGAAUACUCUUGACAGCUGAGAUCACUGGGCACAAUGGAUGCUUUAAAUGAGCUUUGUUUAGCACUCGUUUGCCAGAGUAGGUCCUUCUGUAGACCCAUUGGGGGAAAAUAGUAGAGGGCAUUUUAGCACCUACUUGCCGUUCGGUGGGUCACAAGGCUCUCUCCAUUUCUUCUGGAGCCUCACCUCCACCCCAUUGCCUGCCCCAGGGCAGAGGUGGGCAUUCUCAGGAUGGCCCUUACAUAGGCUGACUCCCACUUCCCAUUCCUGAGAGGAGAAUCUUUACACUCUGAGCACUGUGAAGUCUAGCCAGCUCUGGAACCAAUCCAAUAUGACCCAUAUGCUGGAACCCUCUUCAGUUAUAGGUUGGAGAUGCUCAGACAUUUUAAGAGAGCUUUGUGGAAUCCCUCCAGAAGGCACACAGAACUGUGGGUCCCGAUGGAUGUGGCUGAGAGCCCUGAACAGGAUCCUCGCUUCCCAGAGGAGGAAGAGCAACCUGCGCUCUCAGACGAUGACAUACUGAGGGAAAGUGGCUCUGACCAGGAUUUGGAUGGAGCUGGUGGGAGGGCUUCUGAUUUGGAGGAUGAAGAAAAGGCAGCCAGGGUACCAAGCCAGGAGAAUCGCUCAGACGAGGAGGACCAAGCCAGUGAGCCCAAGUCUCAGGAUCAGGACUCAGAGGCCCAUGAGCUAAGCAGGGGCCCAACAGGCUCCCCAUGCGAGGAGGGGGACGAUGGGGAAGAAGAUCGAGCAAGUGACCUCAGGGACGAAGCCUCCUCGGUGACCAGGGAACUGGAUGAGCAUGAACUAGACUACGAUGAGGAGGUCCCCGAGGAGCCGGCUCCUGCUGCCCAGGAGGAGGAGGCAGAAAAGGCUGGAGCUGAGGAUGAUGAGGAGAAGGGGGAAGGCGCUCCUGGGGAGGAGGGGAAACCUGGUGUCCAAAGUGUGGGAGAAAAAGAAACCACAGAGGCUGCCAAGGAGAAAAAGAAAGAGGAUGAUGACGGAGAAAUCGACGAUGGGGAGAUAGACGAUGAUGACUUGGAGGAAGGUGAAGUGAAAGACCCCAGUGACCGGAAGGUGAGGCCUCGCCCCACCUGCCGAUUCUUCAUGAAAGAUGUUGUGACACCAUUAUCCACUCUUCUUCCACCAAUACCAAAUUCCAUACCAUUCAGAGGCCAGGUUAAAGGGAACUGCACCUGGGGAAUGAACUGUAGGUUUAUACACCCUGGAGUGAACGACAAGGGGAACUACUCCCUCAUCACCAAAGCCGACCCUUUUCCACCCAAUGGUGCCCCGCCUCUUGGACCUCACCCACUGAUGCCUGCCAAUCCUUGGGGUGGUCCAGUACUUGAUGAAAUUUUGCCUCCACCCCCUCCAGAACCACCAACAGAGAGUGCCUGGGAAAGAGGUCUCCGACACGCAAAGGAGGUUUUAAAAAAAGCAACCAUUCGGAAAGAACAGGAGCCUGACUUUGAAGAGAAAAGGUUCACUGUGACCAUUGGCGAAGAUGAACGGGAGUUUGACAAGGAAAAUGAAGUCUUCCGAGAUUGGAAUUCUCGGGUUCCAAGAGAUGUCAGAGACACAGCACUUGAGCCUUAUGCAGAUCCUUAUUAUGACUAUGAAAUAGAACGGUUUUGGCGUGGUGGACAGUAUGAGAAUUUCAGGGUGCAAUAUACAGAAACGGAGCCGUAUCAUAAUUACCGAGAACGGGAGAGGGAACGAGAGCGAGAGAACAGACAGCGAGAACGGGAACGAGAACGGGAGCGUGACCGAGAGCGCGAGCGCCGACAGAGGGAACGGGAACGGGAGCGUGAACGGGAACGUGACAAGGAGCGGCAGCGGAGGAAGGAAGAGUGGGAGAGAGAGAGAGCCAAGCGUGAUGAGAAGGACAGACAGCACCGGGACCGGGACAGGGACAAAGACCGGGAUAAGGACAAAGAGAAGCCAAAGCCCCGGUCCCCACAGCCACCAAGCCGUCAAGCUGAGCCACCAAAGAAGGAGGCUUCCUCUGUGGGGCCACAAGUAAAACGAGCUGAUGAGUGGAAGGACCCUUGGCGCCGAUCCAAGUCACCCAAGAAGAAACUUGGGGUUUCAGUCUCCCCAAGCCGGGCACGAAGGCGUCGCAAAACCUCAGCCUCAUCAGCCUCUGCUUCCAACUCCUCCAGGUCAUCUUCACGGUCUUCGUCCUACUCUGGCUCUGGUUCAUCCAGGUCCCGAUCGCGGUCCUCAUCCUACAGCUCCUAUUCCAGCCGUUCUUCCAGACACAGCUCAUUCUCAGGCAGCCGGUCCAGGUCCCGGUCCUUCUCCUCAUCCCCAUCGCCAUCUCCUACACCUUCCCCACACAGACCUCCUGUCAGAACCAAGGGGGAGCCAGCCCCGCCUCCAGGGAAAACAGGGGAGAAGUCAGUGAAGAAACCAGCCCCACCCCCUGCCCCACAACAGACCACCAAAACUACCACUCCUGCCCCUGAGCCUGCCAAACAAGGAGACCCCCGGGAGGCCAGGAGAAAGGAGCGGCAAGCCAGGACUCCCCCUAGGAGGCGGACGCUGAGUGGCAGUGGCAGCGGCAGCGGCAGCAGCUACAGUGGCUCCAGCUCCCGAUCCAGGUCCCUGAGUGUGAGCAGCGUCUCCUCAGUGUCCAGCGCCACCUCAAGUAGCAGCUCAGUGCCCAGUGUGGAUUCAGAGGACAUGUACGCAGAUCUGGCCAGUCCUGUGUCCUCAGCCAGCUCUCGGUCCCCCACCCCUGCCCAGACUAAGAAGGAGAGAGGAAAAUCUAAGAAAGAAGACAGUGUUAAAGAGGAAAAGCGGAAAAGAGAGACGUCCACACAGCCACCCAAGUCCUCAAGAGCUCUGGCAGGUGGGAAGUCCUCCCAGCAGGCAACAGCACCUCAGCAGGCUCCCCCUGGGCAGCCCCAGCAGGGCUCCUUCGUCGCCCACAAGGAGAUCAAGCUGACACUACUGAAUAAGGCGGCUGAUAAAGGAAGCAGGAAGCGCUAUGAGCCAUCUGACAAGGACCGACAAAGCCCUCCUGCCAAGCGGGCCAACUUGUCCCCAGACCGAGGUUCUCGGGAUCGGAAGUCAGGGGGAAAGCUGGGCUCCCCAAAGCCAGAGCGGCAGAGAGGUCAAAACUCCAAAGCCCCUACUGCCCCCACAGACAGGAAACGCCCGCUGUCGCCACAGUCAAAGAGCUCCAGCAAGGUCACCAGCGUGCCCGGCAAAGCCACCGACACUGCCACAGCCGGCACCAAGUCAGGGAAGGCCAGCACACUGUCCCGGAGGGAGGAGCUGUUAAAACAGCUCAAGGCUGUAGAGGACGCCAUCGCACGCAAGAGGGCCAAGAUCCCUGGGAAAGUGUAGCAGCCUAGCUUGCUCCCUGAGCAGACUCUUAAGUGUUUUUAUAAAUAGAGUGAGCACAGCCAUUUUGGAUUUUGCAGUUAAUAUCUUAUUUUGGCUGUGAUUCUUUCUAAAAAUUAAAAAAGAAAAAAAAAGUUUCUCUGCUGGAAAAGAAGCCACACACGAGAUGAUGACUACGCUGAAACCCAUCCUCCCACCAGACUGAACCAGCCCCUCCAUAGUAGUCUCCACAGACAGACGGACAGACAGGCAGGUCAUCGCUGAGACACGCAGCACUGGCUUUAUGUAACUUACGAGUUCUGGGUGUAGGGGGCUGCCUACCUCCCCCACUCCCCCGCCUUUCCUCAGGGUGGCCUCCCCGGCUAAGAUGGCCUCCCCGGCUGCGUGUCCUCAGCAGAGCAGCGCCGUCUCCUCGAUGGAGACAGGAAAACUGAAAGCUUCCUGGACUACUGGCAGCCUCUUCCCUUCCUCUCGUCCCCCAGAUCAGAAGUAUAUAUAUAUAUAUAUUCUUGACUAAAGUCUGAUUGGGAAAUAUUUCCUGUCUUUUAUUUUAAACAUCAAAUUGUUUUAGUUGAUUUAAAAAAGGAAAAAAAAAAAAAAAGACCAAAAAAACAGCCAAGGGUAUUGUUGGGGUGUCUGUCGAAUGUGGAGGGUCUUUUUUUGAGGGAUCUCCUAAAAUAAAAUAUUUUGAUAAGCA